AUGAGUUCCCGAAAGCAAGGAUCUGGACGGCCCCUAACGCAGCGAGAAAAAGAAGCUAUCAUUAGAUUUUGUAAACAAAUGCAGACAGAGAAACCGACCAUGCUACAAAAAGAAAUUUGUAGUAAAGCUGCAUAUAUUUUUGACGUUCACUCGACAGUCGUUUUCAAAAUUAUCCAUGAAUUUGAUAAUGUUGGUUGGGUAAAAAUUCCGGAGAAAAAAGGCCGUCAUAAAAUAAAUUACAAGACUAAUCCAGCAUUUCAUUAUAUAAAAGAGGAGCUGGCAAGACAAAUUCAUACAUACCAUGCCAAUGGAAAACACUUCACCAUUGACGAUCUUCUUCAGUUUGUUAAAAACGAGUGCGAUUAUACUGGCAGUAGGUCUAAAUUAUACAAAAUUAUUAAAUCAAUGGGAUAUAAAUGGAAAAAAUUCAACAACAGAAAAAUUUUAAUUGAACAACCGCACAUAAUUGCAAAGAGAAUUAAAUUUUUAAGAAAGUAUUUACAAUAUCUACAAUCUGAUAACUACAUAUUUGUCUUUUUGGACGAGACAUGGAUUUAUGAAAAUGGAAGUCCAGUAAAAACGUGGGUAAACGAAUCUGAUCCAUUAGGCGUUCCUCAAAGAUUAAAAGGGGAGGGUAGAAGAUUCACUAUUCUCCAUGUAGGAACUGCAAGGGGUUUUUUAAAAGAUUGUGACCUAAUGCUAGGUUCAGAUACAGAACAUAGAGACUAUCAUAAAAACAUGAACGCGAAAAUAUUUACUGAGUGGAUAGAAAAACAGUUACUUCCAGCAUUGAAUAGUCUUGAUAAAACUUGCAUAAUAGUCCUUGACAAUGCUCCGUACCAUUCUGAGCAACUAAGAAAAUUACCUGUGGCAUCCACAAAAAAAGGAGAUAUGACCCAGUGGCUUCAAGAGAACAAUAUACCUUAUCCACCUGAUUCCCUGAAGUCAGAUUUAUGGGCCAUUAUUCGCGACAAAAAACAAUACAUUGAAAAAACUUAUGCAGUUGAUGAUUUAAUUCACAAUAAAGGCCACAUUGUUCUUCGUUUACCACCGUACAAUUGCCAAUACAACCCUAUAGAAUUAGCUUGGGGAUUCAUAAAGACGUACUAUAACAAGCACAUACCAUCAGCUUCUGGUCCUAAACUGGAAAAGACAAGGCAAAUGUGGUCAACAGCACUUGAAAAUUUUACCCCUGAUAUGUGGGCGAAUAGUGUUCGUCACUGCGAGGAACUGAUUAGAGAGGAUUGGAAGAAAUUGAUGGGAAAUCUACCAAUUGACGACAUUCCUCCAAUAAUAAUUCAGCUUUCCGCAGAAUCUGAUUCGGAAGAUGAUUGGGGGUCUGAACAUUUUGAAUCUGAUUCUGAAACUGAAUAA